UGGGUGUUACGUUGUGCUGUUUUCUUAUCAUGGCUCGUACUAAGCAAACUGCUCGGAAGUCUACUGGUGGCAAGGCGCCACGCAAACAGUUGGCCACUAAGGCAGCCCGCAAGAGUGCUCCGGCCACCGGCGGUGUGAAAAAGCCCCACCGCUACCGGCCCGGUACUGUGGCUCUGCGCGAGAUCCGCCGUUAUCAGAAGUCCACCGAACUGCUGAUUCGUAAACUACCUUUCCAGCGCCUAGUGCGCGAGAUUGCGCAGGACUUUAAAACAGACCUGCGCUUCCAGAGCUCUGCUGUGAUGGCUCUGCAGGAGGCGUGUGAGGCCUACUUAGUUGGGCUGUUUGAGGACACUAACCUGUGCGCCAUCCACGCCAAGCGCGUCACUAUAAUGCCCAAGGACAUCCAGCUCGCUCGCCGCAUCCGCGGAGAGCGGGGCGGGAAGGGUUUGGGUAAGGGGGGUGCCAAGCGCCACCGCAAGGUGUUGCGCGACAACAUCCAGGGCAUCACCAAGCCGGCCAUCCGGCGUCUGGCCCGGCGUGGAGGUGUCAAGAGGAUCUCUGGUCUGAUCUACGAGGAGACUCGCGGGGUGCUCAAGGUGUUUUUGGAGAACGUGAUCCGUGACGCUGUCACCUAUACGGAACACGCCAAGCGCAAGACGGUCACUGCUAUGGACGUGGCAGGAAUAGAAGACCGUUGGGUUGACAGCUACUGUGAAUAUGCAAGAGUCAUCGAAGAAUCCUGUAUCAGAAGCCGCUUCCAUUUUAUAGCUACUGCCACGGACCUUGGAGUCAGAGGAAAUAGUGCGUCCUUGGCGCUUGAGCGCGUAAACCACAUCCAUAGCAGUGACAGUCUUGCGCUUGGCGUGCUCCGUAUAGGUCACGGCGUCCCGGAUCACGUUCUCCAGAAAAACCUUGAGAACACCUCGGGUCUCCUCGUAAAUCAAACCGGAGAUCCGUUUAACCCCACCACGCCUAGCAAGGCGCCGAAUAGCCGGCUUAGUGAUGCCUUGGAUGUUAUCCCGCAGCACUUUCCGGUGGCGCUUGGCGCCUCCCUUACCCAAACCUUUGCCGCCUUUGCCGCGACCAGACAUAGUCAACCAAGUCUGAACAGAGAGAAGAGUUUACGCUCUCUCUCCGCGAAUGCGGCGAGCAAGCUGUAUAUCCUUGGGCAUAAUAGUCACCCGCUUGGCAUGAAUGGCGCAAAGGUUUGUGUCCUCAAAAAGCCCUACCAAGCGCUGGAACGGCAGCUUCCGGAUCAGCAGCUCGGUCGACUUCUGGUAGCGACGGAUCUCGCGCAGAGCUACAGUACCCGGGCGGUAACGGUGGCGCGGGAUGAUGCGGGUCUUCUUGUUGUCGCGAGCCGCAUUGCCCGCCAGCUCCAGGAUCUCGGCGGUCAGGUACUCAAGCACCGCCGCCAGAUACACUGGCGCGCCAGCCCCGACGCGCUCGGAGUAGUUGCCUUUGCGGAGCAGGCGGUGCACCCGGCCCACAGGGAACUGCAAACCUGCACGAGAAGAACGAGUCUUAGCCUUGGCACGGGCUUUGCCGCCUUCUAUAUUGUUUUCGGCGUCCCGGAUUUCUUGAAAAAUGCUUCCCUCUCCAAGUGGGGCCUUCCUAGUAUCUUUGCAGUAGGGCCAGUUGGGGAAAGGCACAAAAUUCAAACCCUUUUGUAUCUCGCAGAGCUGGAAAUCCGAAGCAUGCUUAGCCAGUUCCCCGGGCAGCAGCAGGCGCACAGCCGUCUGGAUCUCCCUGGAGGUGAUGGUCGAGCGCUUGUUGUAGUGCGCCAGGCGGGAAGCUUCGCCCGCGAUGCGCUCGAAGAUGUCAUUGACGAAGGAAUUCAUGAUCCCCAUGGCCUUGGAGGAGAUGCCGGUGUCGGGGUGGACCUGCUUCAGAACCUUGGCAAUUAUUCUGAGCCUGUGGAAGCCGGCGCGCCGCUGUACUUAGAAUACCUGGCCGCCGAUAUCCUGGAGCUGACACGCAGCGCCAUACGUGACAAGACCCACAGCAUCCCCCGCCACCUGCAGCUGGCCUUCCGCAACGACGAGCAGCUCAACAAGCUGCUGGGCAAAGUCACUAUUACUCAGGGAGGCGUCCUGGCCAAUAUUCAGGCCGUCCUUUCAGUACGCUUUUGUGUGUGGGGGUCAUUGCAGAUGGCUCGUACAAAGCAAACAGCUCGCAAGUCCACCGGCGGCAAAGCGCCGCGGAAGCAGCUUGCUACUAAAGCGGCGCGUAAGAGCGCUCCGGCCACAGGUGGGGUGAAGAAGCCUCACCGCUACCGGCCCGGUACCGUGGCUUUGCGCGAAAUUCGCCGCUACCAGAAGUCCACCGAAUUGCUGAUCCGGAAGCUGCCGUUCCAGCGCCUGGUGCGAGAAAUCGCGCAGGACUUCAAAACCGACCUGCGCUUCCAGAGCUCUGCGGUGAUGGCGCUGCAGGAGGCUUGCGAGGCCUACCUGGUGGGGCUCUUCGAAGACACUAAUCUGUGCGCUAUUCACGCCAAACGCGUCACCAUCAUGCCCAAAGACAUACAACUGGCACGUCGCAUCCGUGGGGAAAGGGCAUAAGUCUGCUUAUUGCUUCCUAAUUGAAAAGGCUCUUUUCAGAGCCACUUACAAUUUCACUUAAAAACAGUUGUAACCAAUUCGGUAGUUCCCAGGAGAUUUAAAGGAUUUUUAAAGAUAAGUACACACGCUUUGAAUAACUGCAGACGAAUACAUCAGGCCUUUUCUUUUGGGGCGGUUUUACUGCGAGAAAGCCAGUUGAGUCACUUUUUUGCCCUUGUUAAAAAAAUCCUAGGGAUCUUGUCUUUUUAACAUGUAUAUGUGUAUACUUAACAUUUCGAAACAGGCUUCUGG